GAGCGCUCGAAUGAUCAGUGUGGAACUCAGGAGAGAAGCGCAGUCCUGAGACCCGAUAUGAAAGAGCAGGGGUGCACAUGAUAACACUAUACACACACACACACACGCAUGCACGCGCGCUCGCUCGCUCGCAAACACCCACUCAUCACUGAGGACUGAGCACAGCUAGAUACGCAUCAGGCCUACGUGCACAGAAGUGAUACCCUGACAAUAGAAGAAGUGAAGCCGUGAUUCAGGUCAGAGAAACAACGCUGAGACUGAGUUAUGAGGGGUGGAGGACAACGGGGCAAUCAGCUGGGGUCAGGAGAGAGCAACUCAUGCCCACAGUACACCUGGGAGGAGGUGCAAAAACACAAUCGCACGGGCGAUCAGUGGCUGGUGAUCGAGAGGAAAGUGUACGAUGUGAGUGAGUGGACAAAAAGACAUCCUGGAGGACACAGAGUUCUCGAGCAUUAUGUUGGAGAAGACGCAACGGACGCGUUUAUGGCCUUCCAUCCGGAUCUGCAAUUUGUGCGGAAGUUCAUGAAGCCGCUUCUUAUGGGACAGUUGGCACUCACAGAGCCAAGUCAAGACCACGGCAAAAAUGCUGCUUUAGUGGAAGAUUUCCGGGCCUUGCGUAACCGAUUAGAGGCCCAGGGCUUAUUUCGAACUAAACCAUUAUUUUAUAUCCUAUAUAUUGGCCACAUUCUGCUUCUGGAGGCCUUGCCUUUGGUACUGCUGUGGCAUUUUGGAAAUGGCUGGAUAAUUACACUUCUAAUUGCUGUCAUGCUGGCCACUGUACAGGCACAAUCUGGAUGGCUUCAGCAUGAUCUUGGCCACCUCUCAGUCUUUAAAAAUUCAACCUUGGAUCACCUGGCACACAAAUUUGUCAUUGGACACCUGAAGGGAGCCUCUGCACACUGGUGGAACUUUCAACACUUUCAGCAUCAUUCUAAGCCCAAUGUGUUAAGUAAGGACCCUGACCUCAACACACUGCAAAUACUAGUACUGGGGAACGUCCAGCCUGUAGAGUACGGGAUUAAAAAGUUGAAGCACAUGCCCUAUAACCACCAGCACAAUUACUUUUUUUUAAUUGGCCCUCCCAUGCUCAUACCAGUGGUCUUCAGUGUGUACAUUUUUAAGACUCUGUGGUCAAAACGUGAUUGGGUGGAAUUCGUGUGGUAUCUGUCCUACUAUACACGUUUUUUCUUAUGCUAUAUUCCCUAUUAUGGACUCCUGGGGGCAGUACUGCUUCAGAGUUUUGUAAGGUUUUUAGAAAGUCACUGGUAUGUGUGGGUGACUCAGAUGAACCACAUUCCCAUGGACAUUGACUAUGAAAAACAUGAAGACUGGCUCAGUAUGCAGUUGAACGCUACAUGUAAUGUUGAGCAGUCAGCCUUCAACGACUGGUUCACUGGUCAUCUCAACUUCCAGAUUGAGCACCACGUCUUUCCUACAAUGCCUCGCCAUAACUAUGUUUAUGUGGCUCCUCUCCUUCGAGAGCUUUGCGAGAAGUAUGGAGUUCAGUAUCAGGUCAAAGGCCUGUUCGAAGCCAUGUCUGACAUCAUUGGAUCUUUAAAGAAGUCUGGUGAACUGUGGCUAGAUGCCUACCUGCACAAAUGAGUCGCCCAUUCAUCCAUUACAGACUGUCUCUGUGUUAUUACCACUGACAUAGGAGGUUUAUUAUUUGACCAUUAUGAAUGUCUUUAUUAAACCUAAUGAUUAGAGGUUAGGUUAGAGGUAUUAAU